AUGGACCACGCUGUCUUCAAACAUUUCAGCAUCAUUAAGCGGGUUGAAGGCAAAGCACAGCAGUACGAGUGUAAGUACUGCUUCAAUGUUUUCACCGGUGCAGUCAUUCGUUGCGCGCAGCACCUGAGCUCGUGGAAGGGAAUGAAGCGUCGUGAGGUGAUGCUUUGCAAGGAGGCACCGCAAGACGUACGCAAGGAGAUGCGCACCAAAUACGAAAACCUGGCUGCCGCGAACGAGGAAAAGCGCCGAGCAACAUCUGCUGCGGUUGCGGCGGUCCAGGCUGGCGGUGGGAAGCGGCGCAUAACCGACUACUUGGAGGGAGAUGCUGCUGCGGCUAAGCGGGAUGCUCACGAGGGCCUUGCGCUGAUGUUUGCGGCCUGCAGAAUCCCGGAGAUCACCAUAAACCACCCGCUGUUCGUCAACGCCAUGCUGCUCGUCAACCGCGCCGGCCCCGGCUACGUCCCCCCCAAGAGGAGCUUCAUUGGCGGGGCUGGACUAGUCGCUGUCCGCAAAGGGAUUGAGCAGGGGCUGAUGGGGAUUAAAACGAGCUGGAAGAAGACGGGGGUAACAAUUGCGUCCGACAUGAUGACGGACAAAUGUGGGAGGGCGCAAGCGAACGUCCUUCUGAUUAACGACUCCGGCGCCGUCUUCAAGGAGGCGAUCGACUGCGGUAUGGAGCGUAAGACGGGGGGAUACGUAGCGGGGAUUCUGCAGCCGGUGGUGGAGGAAGUAGGACCAGAAAAUGUGGUCGCGUUUUGUAUGGAUGGGGGAUUGAACUAUGCCGUGGCUGUCCAGGAGCUGAUUGCCAAGUGGCCCCACAUUCAGCAGGUCCCUUGUGCCACGCAUGUGAUGGAUCUCCUCCAGGAGGACGUGGGAAAGAUGGGGUGGGCAAAAGGGGUGGUGGAUCGGACAGGGGAGAUGAUUUCGUUCAUGCGCAACCAUCAUUGGACGCGCGCUUACCUGAGGACCCCGGAGUUGGUGGAGGGGAAGGUGCUGCAGCCGCUGAAGCCGGCGGGAACAAGGUUCGGGACACAAUACAUUGAUGUGUCCCGCCUUUGUGAGUUGCGUAGCACCCUGAACGCGAUGGUACUUACCUACAGGUGGAAGGAGUGGGCCGUGGGGUCGCGGAAGGAAGCUGCCGAGACCUUUGCUGCUCGGGUCCUCGAUGCCGCAUGGUGGCGGACAGCUGAAUUCUUCUGCAAGCUGAUGAAACUGCCCUACAAGGCGAUGCGGCAGACGGACGCAGAUGCGAAGGGGAUGAUGGGCCGGCUUUACGAUGUAAUGCUGCAGCUUACAGAGGAUGUCAACAACCUCUUGGACGAGGAUGAGGAGCAGCUGAGUAGCACGGACAAGGUGCAGAUCCGUCGCAUCAUCAAGAACCGUUGGGAUAACAACCUCGCCUGCGCCAUGCACGUUGCUGACCGAAUCCUCAAUCCCGCCAACCAGGAGGAGGACAUCUUCGGCAGCGACGCCGAAUGCACCCGGGUUUUCAAGGCAUUUAUCAACCAGCACGUGGAGUUCCUCAUCGGCCACGACGGGAAGGGGAGGGAGGAGGGUGUUGAUUACUUGCUUGCCUUGGGUGACGGGCUGAGGGCUUUCUUGGACCUGAAAGGAAGUUUCGGGAUGCCGGAGGCGCUUGCACAAAGGGCGAAGGUGAAGGCGGGUAAAUACAGCAUGGUGAAGUGGUGGCAGUGGAACGGCACAGAUGCACCUCACCUGAUGUCUCUCGCCGUGAGGGUGCUCUCUCAGCCUAGACAGACAAUAACGGGUGCAGUCAGAGGGGAGGCGAGGAGAGGCAAGAGAAAGGAGCUGGGAGAGGCGAGCAGCAGCAGUGCUGCGGGUGUGCACCCGCCACCAACGCGGGCCCCCACGCAUACCACUCACUCACGCACCCACCCACCCACCCAGCCGCAAGCCAGCAUCCAGCACCCACCGUGA